UAUCGUAUUCCCAUGGAUGGUAAACCAAUAAGUCGUCUUCGUACCUGCCAAAUAGGUCUCGGGCGAGAGAGCGAGCGGAGGAGAGCACCGAUCAAGAGGUCAAUAAUAUCAAGUCUACCACCUUUGAACCCGAUUAUUAUGAAGACAAAUGUCGCGGAGGCGAUGCCAGAACCGAAUUAACGCGGUGCUCGCGGAGGGAGGGCUGCUGAGACACGCUCAUUUCGCUGGACACUGCCUCUCGAAUCGGACUUGUCGCCAGGAUGUUCCCUUCGGUCGGAUUCACCCUCAAGAGGGAGUUCAGUGCGCAAUUUAGGAGUCUGCAGCACGACAAACCUCAGGAAUUUGUCAUUAGUCAAUGGCAGGGCAAGCGUUCGAAACACUGCAUCUGCUCGUACCUGCUCUACAAAUGGUUCGUGGCCGUUUACCUGGUCAGCACAUUGCUCAUAGAAUUGAUCGACUUCAAGAACGUAAGCUCCCCAGAGAGGGUGGCGCGCACCUUGAAGUGGCCCAUCCACCUGACCAGUUGGAACACAGCCGUGCUCACGCUGCAGGCCGUCCUCUCUGCCCUUCUCGCCUCGAAAUACCACCUAAGCCUCUCGAGUUUUGCUGCGAGUGGGGCCGAAAUGACGCGUGUGCACAAGGCUUACUGGGUGGCGCACAACAUUGCCAACGCUUUGUCGCCGGCCGUGUCGCUUCUGUAUUGGACCACGGUCUACAAAUCAGGGGAACACUCAUUCGACUUCCUGAACGUGCACAAGCACCUUCUAAACACGGUGAUCGUGUUGGUGGACCUGCUGGUGAACAGCCACCCCGUGCGCAUCCUGCACGUGUACCAGCCGGUGAUGCUGGGCGCCUGCUACGGCAUCUUCUCGUGGAUGUACUACCUGUGCGGCGGCACCAGCAGGGACGACCAAACCAAAAUCUACCCCGUACUCGAUUGGCAAAAGCCCUAUGUCGGCCUGCUGACCACUGCCGGUGCGUGUGCCCUGCUCGUCGUCAUCCACACCCUGAUCUGGGUGGUCCACCUGGCGAGGAAGCGGCUCGCCAGGGCCGUCUUUCCCUCUGCCUUUGCCGCCAGCGCCGCAGUAGAACUGUGCAUGACCAACACGACGGCCCAAGUUGCCUGACUGAAUCCCAGGCGAUUAGCGUUUCAAUUGGUCUCCAAGGCUCAUUUUACACGUCAGCGCGCACAAUUGGCCUACGUUUAUGUGUGCUACAUGCGAUUGAUCGAUUCCGUUUUGAAUACCAAUUGAUUUGGAGCUCUCCACUUGUCGCAAUGUGCAGUAUUGAAUUCGCACGCGUGAGAGAAAAAGAUGAUUCGAGUAUCCAUUAAUUUAUAUCAUCACGAAACUAACAAAUUUGAGAUGACUGUGAGACAACACGUUGAAAAUAUUUUUCAGGUAAAUAUAAUAAUUAAAAAAACGUAGUGAUUUAUAAAGACAAGAGAGGCUUUCUUUCUUUUUGUUGUUAUAAGAGAGAGCAAAUCAUUCCUGCUCAGUUAUAACUAUAGUUUUUCAUAACAUUCCUUUAUAAUAAAUUUGCGAUUUAUUCUGUUUACUGCCAAACUUGUUUUAAAUGAAGCUUUGUACUGAUCUUGAGCAACAUAAAUAAAGCAAAAUUACAACUGA